UUGGAGUGCGACACACUGCCUAACACCGCUUGAAGAUAAAGGAGUCGGUAGUCGGCCUACUCGCUCCGCGAGGGCACAACUUUCAGCGCGUGCGCAUUUCCUGUGUCUGUUUAGUGUUUUGUUCAGUACACACACAGCAAUCGGCUGUGUAAACUGCUAAGUUAGGGGGCAGGAGCAAGAGGCCACGAAGCCGGGCAAGAUGGCUUGGAAGUUACUGCUAUAUCUUGCCCUGCUCUUCCACAGUAGUAUAGCACAACCGUGUCCUAGCCGAUGCCUGUGCUUCAGGACGACAGUGCGGUGUAUGUUUUUACACCUAGAAAAGAUCCCCCAAGUCCCCCCGGAGACAACGAUACUAGAUCUUAGGUUUAACAAGAUAGAACACAUUCCACCCAAUUCUUUCACAGGUCUGACACACCUUAAUACACUACUUUUAAACAAUAACCACAUCAAAACUUUAGAAGAUGGAGCAUUCGAAGGAAUUGCUGAACUUCGUUAUUUAUAUCUUUACAAAAAUAACAUUGAGAACAUCAGCAGUAAUGCCUUCAAGGGCCUGGACAAUCUGGAACAACUGUAUUUACAUUUUAACAACAUAAAUGAUUUGAAGUCAAGCACAUUUGCUACCCUACCCAAACUGGAGAGAUUAUUCUUACAUAACAAUGCGUUGAAAAGACUUCCCAGAGGAGUAUUUGCACCACUCAAGAACCUCAGAAGAUUACGACUUGACUCUAAUGCAUUGGUGUGUGACUGCCAGAUGAUGUGGCUGGCAGAAAUGUUGAAGGACAAGAGGGGCAGCACUCAGGCGGCCGCCACAUGUGAAUACCCUGCCAAGCUACAAGGGAAGUCUAUCAUGAGUGUGGAGAAAGGAGACUUUCACUGCAAAAAACCUGUCCUUACAAGAGAGCCCACUGAUGUAGACAUAACAUUUGGAAACACGGUGUAUCUGCAGUGUAGAGCAGACGGGGACCCUAACCCCGAAAUUACAUGGAUUCAUAAUGACAAUGAGAUUCCCACCACAGCUGCUGCAGAGAAUGACAGAUACAAACUCCUAGAAGAUGGAACCUUGAUGAUAAAGAGUGCACAAGAUGUAGAUCAAGGGAUCUAUGAGUGCAUGGCUAGGAAUGAAGCUGGAGAGGUGAAAAGUCACAAAGCUGAAGUACGCUAUUUUAGAAGACAGCCAGCUGCUCCUACAUUUAUAAGCAGACCAGAAGAUUACGAUGCGGUAGAACAUGAAAACGUCCGCCUGGAUUGCACUUCGUCAGGAUAUCCCAGGCCUGAAACCAGGUGGUUUAAAGGAACAGCAUUAGUAGAAAGAAAUGCCAGGUAUACUAUCCUCCCUGGAGGGUCUCUGAUGAUCACAGAUAUAAGGAAAUCAGACCGGGGAGACUACAAAUGUGAAGUCCGCAAUGCCCAAGCCACUAUCUCUGCUACUGCAAGGCUCAAUGUAAGAGUGAUUCCUUCCAUAACCAGUUUACCGUCUGAUCAAGUUGUUGUUGAGGGAGAAGUUGUGCGGUUUACUUGUGAAGCAGAUGGUUAUCCUGAACCUACUAUCAGGUGGACAAAGGAUGGACGUCCAUUACCAGAUACUGGUAAGCAUCAAGUCUUGAAUAGGGGGCGCGAACUGAGGAUCUCCCGAGUUGGACAGGAAGAUAGGGGGAGCUAUGAGUGCCAUGCUGAGAGUGAACUGGGGAGAAAAAAUGCUGCUGCUGUAUUAUUGAUCAGAGAAAGAGUCCCCCCAACCUUCACUCAAACACCAACAGAUGUCACCCAAGAAGCCUUCACCAAUGCUGAGCUCCGCUGCCAGGCAGACGGAGACCCAAUUCCUAGAGUAAUCUGGGCCAGGCAUGGACAAAGGAUUGACCCAGAUGACCGGUUCCUUUACAGAAGCAAUGGGAUUCUGACCAUUCACAAUGCCACCGAAGCAGACAGUGGAAUAUAUGAAUGUACAGCUGAGAAUUCAGUAGGAUCCAUCUCGGCUGUUGCUAGGGUUACCAUAACACCAGCUCCAAGGGCUUAUGUUGGAGACAGAUUCGUGCAGAACUCAGUCCAGCAAGCCAUCAGGGGUGUGGACAAUGCUAUCAACCAGACCCUGUCCGAAUUGUUCGACAAGAACAGACGCCGAACUCCCAAUGAUCUGCUGACAAUUUUCCGCCUACCCACAAGAGAAGCACUGCAGAUAUCCCGUGCUGCUGAAGUCUUUGAGAGAACUUUGGAAAUUAUCCAUGAGCACAUUGAUAGGGGACAUCACUUUGAUGAGUCCAAUCAUGAAAUUCCAUACGAUCGCUUGGUCUCACCUGCACAGCUUACCAUCAUAGCCAACUUAUCAGGCUGUCUGGCUCACCGCCGUAUUAUAAACUGCACAGAUAUGUGCUUCCAUCACAAGUACCGCUCCAUGGAUGGCACCUGUAAUAACCUGCAGCACCCCAUGUGGGGAGCUUCUCUCACAGGGUUCAAGAGACUGCUGCCACCUGCUUAUGAGAAUAACUUUAAUACACCAGUAGGUUGGGAGGUUGGCAAAUUAUAUCAUGGUUACCCAAAACCCAGUGCCAGGCUAAUCUCCACCAAAGUGAUAGCAGCCAAGAGGCCUGUUGUUCAGGAUGAGAAACACACAACCAUGCUGAUGCAGUGGGGGCAGUUUAUGGACCAUGACAUAGACCUGGCACCUAUGGCGCUGAGCUUUGCUAGGUUUAGUGAUGGUAGGCAUUGUAAUGAGACAUGUGAGAAUAAGGCUCCAUGCUUUCCAAUCCCAGUGCCAGCUAAUGAUGCUAGGAUACAUAGGCAUGAGUGUAUGGGCGUCACUCGCUCCAGCUCUAUGUGUGGUACGGGAACGACAUCUAUUCUCUUCAACAAAGUUGUGCCCAGAGAACAGAUCAACCAGAUCACGUCGUUCAUAGAUGGUUCCCAAAUUUAUGGUAGCUCUGAGGAGGAGGCUGGUGAUUUGAGGGAGUUUAGUUCGCAAAGGGGAUUGUUGAGGAUAGGAGAGAGGAUGCCAGGAGGAAAGGAACUGUUACCUCCGGCAUUGCAUACUCCAGUGGACUGUCAAAUUGACCCAGAACGUGGAAAUGUCCCUUGCUAUCUGGCUGGUGAUCAUAGAGCCAAUGAACAACUGGCUUUGCUUAGUAUGCACACACUGUGGAUGAGAGAGCACAACCGCAUUGCUGCAGAGUUGUUAAGACUAAACCCACAUUGGGAUGGGGACAUGUUGUACCAUGAAGCCAGAAAAAUAGUAGGUGCAGAAUUACAGCACAUUACUUACAAGCACUGGUUACCAAAAUUCCUAGGUCGAAGAGGAAUGGAAAUGCUGGGGCCCUAUACGGGUUAUGACCCAAAUGUAGAUGCUUCUGUAACAAAUGAUUUCACUACAUCAGCCCUGAGAGUGGGCCACACUAUGGUGAACCCUAUCAUAUACCGCUUUGAUGCCAACUAUACAGAAAUUCCACAGGGACAUUUGCCUCUUCACAAGGCAUUUUUUGCUCCAUUCAGACUGGUUGAAGAAGGGGGUGUUGACCCUAUAUUGAGGGGCUUAAUCGGAACCCCAGCUAAAAAAUUGACUUCCGAUGGCAUUCUCAACCUAGAAUUAACAGAAAAACUAUUCAAACUAGCCCAUGAGGUAGCCCUGGACUUGGCUGCCAUUAACAUUCAGCGGGGUAGAGAUCAUGGUCUUCCAAGCUAUAAUGAAUACAGAAAGAUGUGUAACUUAACAGAGGCUUCAGCAUUCUCAGACCUUAGAAAUGAAAUAAGAAGCCCAGAGCUUAGGAGAAAACUUCAAGAGGUAUAUGGCCACCCAGGUAACAUAGAUGUCUGGGUUGGAGGUGUGUCAGAGGACCCCGUGGAUGGUGCAAAGAUGGGGCCUACCUUCCUGUGCAUUCUUGUGGAGCAGUUCAGAAGGCUGAGGGCAGGGGACAGGUUUUGGUAUGAAAAUCCUGGUGUAUUCAAGCCAGCUCAGCUUGUCCAGAUCAAGCAGACGUCCCUAGCACGGACAUUAUGUGACAAUGGUGACAAUAUUGACAGUGUCCCAGAAGAUGUGUUUAUACAGGAGGUGUUUCCGUCAGGUUUUAAAAAGUGCAGCAAAAUCAAUGGCAUGGACCUCAAGUUAUGGACAGAUUGCUGCACUGAUUGUAGCAAAUCUGGAGAAUUCAACUCUCUCCUCAGUCAUUACAGAAAGAGAAGAUCUGCAGAAUUUUCUUAUGCUGAAGAGAAAUUCCAUAAACAAUCGAAUAAUGAGGUUAUAGAAAGCAUGCAGUUUUCUAAAGAAGAGCAGCCAGUAGAAUCUGAAAAGAUAAAGUACAAUGUAGACAUCAGCCAGAAUGCUAUGGACAUUUUUGACUCUAGAAUUGAAGGAAUGGAAGAGGCAAUAGAUGAACUGCAACAUAUGAUGGAGAAAAUGAAGAAAAAGAUUCGUAGAUUGGAAAGGACAUUAAAGAAUCCACACUGUGUGGAUGGACAAGGGAAUAAAAGGAAAUCAAGGGAAAAAUGGAAUGAAGGAGACUGUAAAUACUGCGAGUGUAAGCACGGACAAAAGGAGUGCCACAGAAUUAUAUGUCCACAGCCAGGGUGUGCUACGCCAAAGAUUGUACAAGGACACUGUUGUCCAGUAUGUGAAUAACCAAGGAUGACCUUUUUUUGAAAAUGAACACUGCCAUAACUUAAUAAAUAAUGUUUAUAUAUAUAUAUAUGAAAAAUAAUGAAUGAGAAUUCUCUCUGGUGACUAAAUACUUUUUGUAUGAAAUGAUAUAGAAGUUCUUUUUGAAUGACAAUAUUAUUGUACUGGUCAAUGCUCAACUCAUGCAAUGCUCUCUACUAUCGUUAAGUGGUCACUGAACUGCCCAGUGUUGUGGGUUACUGCCAUGGCCAGUCAGUAUUGCUGCAGCUUUUAAUCUGGGAAGUAUACAUAUACCUCAACAUCUCAGCAGUCCCCUAGUAAUUAUGGGUUUAAAGCCAUUAUAUAUUUUACAUUUCCUUUUAGUACUCAAGUUAUAGAUAAAGGUUCAAGGCUUUAUGUUAAGUAUUAUAUAUCUUGGUGUGUAGUUUGUACCAAGUACAUAAUACUUGUGCAUGACUACUUUAUUCACUUGUCACUGUUCUAAUCCAAUGGAUUCGUGUGAGUAAUCAAUGCAUGUUAUUAGAUACAGUUAUGUUUAUCAUUUUAUUUGUGUAUUUUCAGGUAUGCAUAAGCUACUUGUCACGUGGUGACUGUUUUUGACAUAAUGGAUUGCUUGUUUGAACAAGUGAUGAUUACUUAAAUUGUAUUUAAUUAAUGAAUGCAAUUAUAAUUUCUUAACUUUAUGGAUUCUGGAUUCAAACUUUACCCUAAUGAAAUACAUGGGUAACCUUAUGCUUCAAACAACCUUUACAGUACAGAAAUGUCAUUUCUACACCCUAAAUGUGACGAUUUCACCCAUUUCUAUUGACCUCUUUAAUGCAUUUGUUAAACUGUUCACAUCUUUGUUUUAUGUUCACUUUGUUUUACAUUCACAUUUUGUUGAAGAAGUCACUAUACACUAACUGAUAUAAAAGAAAUCCCACCAAAACGUAGCUGUAAAAAAACCCACAAUUUUACGCUAUCAAGUGACAUGGCUUUGCUCAGUUUCUAUUUUCAGGUUAUAACAAGUGAUACAGCCCAAACACGCAUUAAACUUUUUGUUAUGUUUAGUCACAUUUCCCUUUGGAAUUUUUCACAUGCAUGUUCUCUGCAGAUUUUGAUGUGAAAAUGGAUUUGUAUACAUCACUUCGCAAUGAUAACCUUAUAUUGACAAAGGGGAAAAGAUUGUGCCAUUUCAUUUUUUUUUUCUUUUACUCACUGCAUACAAAAAUAUUUUAUUUGUUAAUUUUUGAAGGUGGUGAUUUUUAGAAAAUCUUUUGUAAUAUUUUCUUGACACCUUGCAUUAAAUCCGUUAAAUGAUGCAAUGUUAUGACACCAAAUUAUCAAAAUAAUGAUUAGUUUUUAUGAUAUCUUAAGAAUUACUUUUAUAUAAAAGGCUUUAAUAUCCAUUUUUACUACAAAUGUAAUUGUGCUUCUUAAUAAUAAAAUUCUACACACAACUGUAUAUGUUACAGCAAAGGAAAGAAAAGCAAGUUUUUAUAUCAUCAAGUGUUUUAUUACUGUAAGGAUGUGAUAUUAAAAAGCUAGAACAAAAAUAAAUAUUGCUUGCAAUUGGUUGUGCAUUGGAAGAUAUAUGUGAAUUUGUGUACUAAACGACCAAUCUCUGCAUCCACAUAAAUACAAAAAAUAUGAGACUUUCAAUUAAUCAUAGUACAUACUUAUUUUUGAAACAGUUCUGAAAAUUGUGUUAAAGAAUUUUGGUGCACAUGAAUAAUUAAGUUCAAUAAAUAUGUCAAGGUCUCUACUAUUACAUACAUGUUACUUGCAAAUGAAAUCCAGUUAUCAUCAAUGUAGCAAUGACUACCAUUAUGAAAAAUACUGUAGCUGUUCUGUGUACAACAUUGUGGAAAUGUUGCUGUAAUCUACAGGCACGACAAAAGUAAAGAACCUUUUGGACAAUCAUGUUUAACCGCAAUAAACUUUUUGAUUACAA